GCCCUACAGAGCCCGCGGUGCGGCGCCCAGAGAGCUGGCGCCAGGGAGAUGCGACGGGAAGCCCCCGCCACAGCGCAGGCGGUGGCCCCGCGGCGCCGGCGAGAGGCGGGCGGGAGCAGGCUGGUUCUUCAAAGUAAUCUUCCCUGACUGUCUUCACUCUGAGCUCCACCGGCUUCCAGGGGGAGCAUUACUCCAGGGAGAGCUCUGGAGUGUUCUUGGAGAGAAAUUCCAUGGGGACUGUACCUGACCCUCUGGGACCAGCUAAAUCUUCCCUGCUUGCACCUGCUGGAAAAGAGGACUCCCUGGCAGAGCUUCAAACUGCCUGCCCUCAGCAGCAACCAUCUCUCCUGUGCAAGAAUGCCCACAGCCUUUCAUGCACCCCUUCAGAAGCAAACCCCAGCCCCAGUGCAGCUGCUGAGGCCCUGAUGCAGGCCUGUGAGCAUGCGACCACCCAGCCAGAUAUGUCUUCUCCCAGUGUUUUCAAUGAGGUGGGAAAAGCACCUCUUACACCCAAUUCCCCUGGCCACCCCCAGCUCCCAGGCAGCAGUGAGCCCAUCACACCGGCACUGAGUUUUGCAGCAGGAAAGGAGGAUGCUAAACAUACACCAUUUGCAAUUCCAGUCAAUCAGCCAACCUACCCAGCUGACCCUCAUGAUCAGCCCAGUACCAGCCCCUCAUCAGUACCUGAAAAUCCCCUGGUGAAAUCACAAACACCCUGCGAGGGAGAGCAACCCAAGACAUCGAAUUGUGCUGCAGGGGACACCUAUGGCAGCCGCAAAGAUCAAGUGUCUUGUGAUUUUCCUUCUCAAGAAACAAUCCAGGCAACAGUGCGGACUCCAGAGACAGCAGCCAGGGCGUCCAGCCAUUCAUCCCCUCUUGUCGGUGGACCAGAAGGGAAAAGGGACCAAGCCGCCCGGGACUCUGUGACAAGGUCUUGCGAAUGCCCCACAAGAGAAGAUGAAUGUCCCCAGAACGAUCAGCCCUCUUUCACUGCCUCCGACACACAAGGCAUCCCUUCCGGGGCGUCUCCACCAUCCCGCCUCAACAGUGAUGCAUCCACAAGUCCUGCAAACCCAGAGCCUGUGCAGCUUCCUGCACGGCCUCAGGGAUCAAAGUUCAAAGAAGCCAGUACAAUGACCAGCCAAGCUGAAAGUGAGCUCAAGGAAGUCCCCAGCAGAGCUCGGCAAGAUGCCGAGGUGCAGGCAGUGGCGAUUGUCGAGAGCAGAUCAGUGUCCACCAGCCCCAGCAUCCUCACUGCAUUCUUAAAGGAGAUCCCUGCUGCAGAGCGUUUGGAACAACAAGAGCAGCUGCGUGUCGUUUGUCAUGGCCAUGACAGUGGGAGCCCCAGGUUGGAGCUCUCUGACCCAUUGUUAGCCCCCCAGCCAUCUGGGCAGUGCCCUGGCAUCAUGCCACAGGUGCACAUCCAAACACAUAAACCAGCCAGCCUACCCACCGAGGUUCUUAAAACCUCAUCAGUCAGUGUGGCCUCCAGCCAUGCCCAGGAUACAUGGAAAGAAGGUGGGAGCUCAGCAGAAAGGAGCCCAGAGAGCGGCGAACAGCCAACCUGUAACCAGCUCGCAGGCUCCCUGAAGGCUGGCCCCAUUGACCAGAUUUCUGGCCGUGUAGGAGGCCAAGCUGAAACACGCCAGGGACUGGGGAACUCUGAAAGCAAGACGUCUGAGGGUGUAGUAAAAAACACAGGUGGCCACAAAGCAGACUCGGGCUGCAGACUCUCCCAAUCUUGUGUCCCGGCUGGCAAAGCCAACCAGUCUAGCACCUUGGAUCCCACUGAUCAAGGAGGUGCAAGGGACAGGAAGACUGCGUCUCCCCAGAUAGGCAGAGAACAAGAUACCGAUAUCCUGGAUGCCAAGACUCUAUUGCUCAAUCCUAAAACUCAAGAAGGUGGAGGCACAGGCUCACCUGCUAAUCCCACCCCCUCUCCUGUUAGAAAGAACCAGGAGAGCACCUUAGAAGAAAACAGACAGACCAAGACAGCCACCAGCCUGAGCCUGCCAUCCGACGCCAUGGGGGACUCCAGCCCGGGCUCUGGCAAGAGGACCCCUUCUCGCUCGGUCAAGGCCAGCCCGCGCCGGGCCAGCCGGGUCAGCGAGUUCCUUAAGGAGCAGAAGCUGAACGUGACGGCGGCGGCCGCGCAGGUGGGAUUCACUCCAGGUGAGAAGAAGAAGCAGCUUGGCACGGACGCCAAGCCCCAUCUGAAACAGUCCAAGCGCGUCAGGGACGUCAUGUGGGAUGAGCAGGGCAUGACCUGGGAGGUGUACGGUGCCUCCCUGGACCCCGAGUCCCUGGGAAUCGCCAUCCAGAACCAUUUGCAAAGGCAAAUCAGGGAACACGAGAAAUUAAUCAAAACGCAAAGCGGCCAGGCCCGGAGAUCCAUUUCCUCAGAUACAUCUUCAAAUAAGAAGCUCAAAGGAAGGCAACACAGUGUUUUCCAGUCCUUGCUGCAGAACUUUCGACGCCCCAACUGCUGUGUUCGCCCCGCCCCCUCUUCUGUGUUAGAUUGAAAGGGAGCCCAAGUGAAGGCCCCGCCCACAGGCCUGUGUGCGUGAGCCUCUGUCCGCACCAA